UCUCAGGGUAGGGUGGGGAGAGCCUCAGGGAGGGUACAGGGGUCAGACUCUGAGACAACACACAGAGCUCACGUGGCAUCUCUUAGAGACACAGAUUGCACAAACAUGGCCGGCCUGAACAAACUAAUUGAAAGUGAUGUAUUUCGAGCCUACGCUACUUAUGCAACAAUUGUUCUACUAAAAAUGAUGCUGAUGAGCUUGGUAACCGCUUACUACCGACUUACCAGAAAGGUGUCACCUCAAUGACCUUGAGAAUAUUGUCCCGUUCAUUGGCGUUGGCCUUGUUUACUCACUGACAAACCCAGAUCUGUUCACUGCAUUACUGCAUUUUCGCAUCUUUGCUGGGGCAAGGAUCUUACACUCUUUUGCUUAUUUAAUUCCCCUUCCUCAACCCGGCCGGGGACUUAGCUGGUUAAUUGGGUAUGGAGUCACCAUUUCAAUGGCAUACAGCAUCCUGAGCACAACCUUGUACCUGUAGUGUCCUCACUGUUACAACCAAUGGUUUUAUCCAAUGAGCUUGUGCCCAAAUGAUGCUAGCAAUAAUUAAUGAGUUAAUGAAUGUUAGCAGUUAUUAUAUUAAUGAGUUAAUUAAUGUUAGCAGUUAUUAUAUUAACGAGUUAAUGAAUGUUAGCAGUUAUUAUAUUAACGAGUUAAUGAAUGUUAGCAGUUAUUAUAUUAACGAGUUAAUGAAUGUUAGCAGUUAUUAUAUUAAUUAGUUAAUGAAUGUUAGCAGUUAUUAUAUUAAUGAGUUAAUGAAUGUUAAUCCUUUGGGUGUGUGUAAUUAAAUGUUAUGGGAGGAUAACUUUACUGUGAUAAACUUGCAGCUUUGGCUUUUUAUGGACUUGUCCCAAUAAAAACAUUCCAGAUA